AUGAAUUUGAUCAAUCAAACAAUCUUCUCUUCAGCCACGUUCGCGUAUGACAUUCCUCUAAAGAGACAUGAGAUCUACAACGUGUGCAUGAAUCAGCCAAUGAAGAUAAUAUCUGAUGGCAUAUGGACUCCAGAAAAUGGAGCAAUACCUUCAGAAUCUGCAUUCACAGUGCUUGAGCUACAAAUAGUUACCAUUUUUGUCGUCACGCAAGGCUUUCAUUUCAUUCUCAAGCGAUUAGGGAUCCCUUAUUUCGUUUCACAAGUAAUGGCUGGUUUUCUUCUAGGUCCAUCAAUUCCCACAGGACCCUUCGAAAAGUACAAGAAGAUGCUAUUCCCCUUCGGAAGUCCAGACAUCCUUAACACGUUGACAGGGUUAGGGUACUCAUUCUAUCUCUUCAUAAACUCAGUUCAAAUGGACCUAAGCUUGAUAACGAAGACGGGGAAGAAGGGUUGGGUCAUUGCAGUUUCCUCCUACGGUAUUUCCAUAUUUGUUGGCUUUAUCAUGUUGAUUUUCUUCCUUCCGACAUGGCAAGAGCUCCUCAACGAAGACGUUUCCUCCGUCCUACCCGUGGUCAUCAUCUCUCAAAGCGGUUGUUCCUUCGCUGUCAUCUCAUCCUUGCUCAAUGACCUCGGAAUCCUUAACUCGGAACUCGGACGCCUUGCACUCUCCAUAGCUUUCAUCACCGAUCUCGCAGGUGGAAUCGGGGCAGGAUUUGGCGCCGACUUUCUGAAAAGCCUAAAUUUGGAUUUUUCUAUCCGUCUUACAAACAUGGUGGCAUUUUUCAUUUACCUAAUCUUCGCUCCACUACUUGGGCGUCCAGCAAUGAGAUGGGUUGUGAAGAACACCCCAGAAGGCAAACCCGUGUCUAAGACUUAUAUCUAUGCCAUCGUAGUGUUGUUUUUGGGAUUAGGUUUCUUUGCAGGGUAUUUCAACCAACCCUUCUUGGUAGGAGCAGUUAUAUUAGGGCUUGCUGUUCCUGAAGGCCCUCCUUUGGGGUCUGAAUUCGUUUCCCAACUUGAGUUGUUCUCCAACUGGUUCUUGACUUCGAUUUUCGUCACGUGUAGCACCAUGAAGGUCGAUCUCAAACAAUGUGACUCUCUCUCCUUCGUUAUGGUCAUAUGCUUCUUCGUUAUAAUGGUCUACUUGAUUAAGUUGGUGGUGUGCAUGGGAAUUUGCCGCUAUUGCAAAAUGCCCUUCACUGAUGGCUUCUGCCUUGCUCUCAUUUUGAGCUGCAAAGGUGUUGUUGAUAUAUGCUCCUAUGUCCUGGUCUACGAUACAAUGUCACAAAAUAAAGGUACAAUAGCUGUUACGAUCAUCUCAGUGUUGCUUAUGGGAACAACUUCGAGGCUUGGUGUGAAGGCAUUGUAUGACCCUUCAAGGAAAUACGCAGGGUACCAAAAAAGGAACAUUAUGACCUUGAAAAACAACCAUGAGCUUAGGGUUGUUGCGUGCAUCCACAAGCCAUUCCACAUGAAUCACAUAAAAAAUAUGCUCCAACUUUGUUCCCCUGCACCAGAGAACACACUAGUGGCAGAUAUUGUGCAUGUAAUGGAGCUAGUAGGAAGGUCCAAUCCAAUUUUCAUAGCACACAAACUUCAGCACAAAGUGGGGUCCUCCCACAACUACUCUGGGGAACUAAUUGUGGCCUUUGAUCUUUUUGAACGUGACUAUGCUGGUUUUGCCACUGCCAACACCUACACUGCCAUAUCCCCAACAACCCUAAUGCACGAAGAUGUUUGUUACCUUGCUUUGGACAAAAAUGCAGCCCUAAUAGUCCUUCCAUUUCAUGUGAAAUGGGGAGGGGAUGGGUCAAUUGAGUCAGAAGAUAGCAACAUUAGAGCACUUAAUUCCAAGGUUUUGGAAAGGGCACCUUGCUCAAUUGGGAUUCUUGUGAACCGUGGCAAUUGUGGGUUCAGCUCAAAAAGUUACAAGGUUGCCAUGAUUUUCUUGGGUGGACCUGAUGAUAGAGAGGCCUUGUGCUUGGCUAAGAGGUUUUUGAAAAACCCUGAGAAUCAGUUGUUUGUGUAUAGGUUGCUAGCACAUGACCACAAUAUCUCGGAUUGGGAACACAUGAUUGAUAAUGAGGAGUUGAGGGAGGUGCGUGGAGCUUAUUUUAAACUAGAAAAUGUGACAUAUGAAGAGAGGACUGUAGAAGAUGCAUCCGAGACAACAUGUUUCAUCAAAGAUAUAGCGAACAAAUUUGAUUUUAUUGUAGUUGGGAGACGCAAUGGGGUCAAAACUUCCCAGACAUUUGGGCUGGAAAAUUGGACUGAAUAUUCGGAGUUAGGGGUUGUUGGUGAUUUGCUUGCUUCACCGGAUAUGGAGACUAGGGCUUCAAUUUUGGUUGUGCAACAACAACAGUCAAUCGAGAACUGGUUGUGUCAAAACCAGAUGAGGGAUUGGAGAAGAGUCUCACAAUGUUGGUGUAGGAUUUGGGAUUUAGGGAAGAAAAGGAGGCAUAACGCAGAGAGAAUCAAAUUUUUUUUGCAGGACUUGGAAGCAGCGGUAGUUCCAGAAGAAGAACCUCGAUCUUCCGAGGCAUCUUCUAGUUUUCCUGUUGCAGGGCAUUCUCAUACUGAAAUUGUUGAAGAAUCGAUCAUGGCUGAAGAGCCAAGAAAAGUAACCCUGGAGGAUUGUCAAGUUCGACUGUGCCACAAUUCUUUACCAGUAUCGCACAACCAGAGGCUGGCAGGUGUGCUUGCAGAUGCAAUCAGGUUGAGUUUGUUUUCAUUUUCUUUGGCUGGAGAAGCUAAGAGAUGGCUUCAUUCUUUUAAGGGAAAUAGUGUGAAGUCAUGGGAUGAAAUUGUAGAAAAGUUCUUAAAGAAAUAUUUCCCUGAAUCAAAGACUGUAGAAGGUAAAGCUGCCAUCUCUUCCUUCCACCAGUUUCUAGAUGAAUUGUUGAGUGAGGCACUUGAAAGAUUCAGAGGUUUAUUGCAGAAGAAUCUCACUCACAGUUUUUUAGAACCAAUACAACUCAAUAUCUUUAUAGAUGGGUUAAGACCACAAUCUAAGCAUCUCUUGGAUGCUUCAGCUGGGGGUAAGAUCAAGAUGAAGACCCCUGAGAAAGCAAUGGACUUAAUUGAAAACAUGGCUGCUAGUGACAUUGCCAUUUUGAGAGACUGA